AUGACAGAAGAGUUGGCGUGUGUGCUCGGAAGAGAUUUGCGCUCGAUGGUGCAAGGUGCAAAGAUCCUGGUAGUGGGUGCUGGUGGCAUCGGUUGUGAACUGAUCAAAAACUUGGUUCUUAGCGGCUUCGAGGAUAUCGAGCUAAUUGAUCUGGACACGAUCGACGUGUCAAACCUAAAUCGUCAGUUUCUGUUUCGCUCGCGCCAUGUGGGAAAAUCGAAGGCGCUAGUGGCAAAGGAGAUCGCAGAAAGCUUCAAUUCGCGUGCCAAGAUCAUGGCGCACCACGGAAAUGUCAAGAACAGCAAGUUCGGCCUGAAGUAUUUUGAACAGUUUGCUCUUGUGCUCAAUGCACUCGACAAUGUCGAUGCACGUAAACACGUGAAUCGUCUAUGCUUGGCAACCAAUACGCCGCUCAUCGAGAGUGGGACAACGGGGUACCUGGGCCAGGUUUCCGUUAUCAAAAAAGGUGAGACGGAGUGCUACGAGUGCACACCUAAGGUUACACAGAAGCAAUAUCCGAUAUGUACUAUUCGCAGUACCCCCGAAAAAAUGGUGCACUGCAUUGUGUGGGCGAAAGAGUGCUAUAAGCUUCUCUUUGGCAAGAUGGAGGACUCCAUGUUAUGGGAGGACCCGACAAACGAGGAGAAAUCGGCUUUUAUGGAUCUUUGUACUCGUGCACCAGACAUGAUAUUUGAUGACAUGACAAAAUUGGAGGAGUAUGCAUGCGGAGUAUUUCGCGGGCUCUUUGAUUUUGAAAUUAAGAAAAGGCUCGAAAUGAAUGUGUAUAAGACAACAGCUAAAUCUCCGAAGCCGCUGGUGCUAGAGGAAAUUGUCGGCCCAAAUAUCGUACAGGCGAUUAAGCUCGAUAGCACAGCGGUCGACGAUAAGAUAGUCUGGAAUGACCGCAAUGUGUGGAGCGUUGCAGAGUGUGUGGCUCGCUUUGGUUCGUGCAUUGUCCGUAUCCUUCACAACGAGCAGUCUCGCUCAAAUUUAGGUAGCUAUGAAUUUGACAAGGACGAUACUAUUGCGAUGGAGUUCGUUACUGCAGCUGCAAACUUACGUGCGUCCGUAUUCUCAAUUGCGAUGGAAUCACUGUACAGCUGCAAGGGUAUUGCAGGCAACAUCAUUCCUGCAAUCGCUACCACAAACGCCAUUGUUGCCGGCUUUCAGGUGCUAGAGGCGCUUCGUGUCUUACAGGCGGCGAAGCCUCUCGGAGAAUCAUGCAAGUACACGCACUGUAACCGCUCGUGGAAUGCUCGUGGUGAGCUUCUUCAGCCCAGUAGUUUGGAAAAGCCCAAUCCGCAAUGCUACGUGUGCUCUAAACACACAGUUGAGCUGGCCGUGGACACGAAACGCAUGCUGCUGCGUGACUUGGUUGAUUUCGUAUUGAAAAAAAAGUUAGGCGUGAAUGAACCCACCAUUUCGAUUGGUGCCAACACUAUUUACGAAGAAGGCGAGGAUGCAGAGACGAGUUUGGCGGUUAAUUUGGAUAAAAAGCUUUUCGAUCUACCGGGCAAAGGUAUUUGUCACGAGACCAUCGUGUCUAUCGAGGAUUUUUCGCAAGACUUCCGCUGCAACAUUCGUGUGUUGCACCGCGACGAAGAAACGUUUGGAGAGAACGCGACAGAAGUAUUCGCACUAGGCGGCGACAUUGCCGAGCUGGCGGCAGAUUUAAAAAUGGUGGAGGCCAAGCAUGCGGUUUAUAAGACCUCAGGUUUCAAUUCAGAGUGCGACGAGGACCAAAUGGUUGCGAUGGUAGAGUCAGUGGAGGUCUUAGAGCACAAGCGCAGAAAGGUCGAUGGAGGUGAAUCGACUACCUGUAAGAAAGCUAAGUCAAGUAAUUAUAUUCGUACUUAG